CUGUAAGCGCCAGCAGCAGAACAACAGAGAAAAUGGCGGACGUGGUGAAUGUCGGCGUGAAUCUGGACGCUUUCUCUCACGCUAUCAGCGGCAUCCAGGCGCUCCGCUCCAGCGUGAGCCGCGUGUUCGAGUCCCUGAAGGACGGGAUGAAGAACCGGGAGACCCUGGAGGGUCGAGAGAAGCAGUUUAUAGUCGAGUUCCAGGACAACCUGCAGGCGGUCAACAGAGACCUGAAUGAGUUGGAGCGUCUCAGUGGUCUGGUCGGUCGUCCCUCAGAGUCUCAUCCUCUCCAUAACAGUGGUCUCCUCAGUUUGGAUCCAGUCCAGGAUAAAACUCCUCUGUACUCUCAGCUGCUGCAGGCCUACAAGUGGUCCAACAAGUUGCAGUACCACGCUGGUCUUGCCUCCAGUUUGUUGAACCAACAGUCACUCAAACGGUCGGCCAAUCAGAUGGGAGCUUCAGCCAAGAGACGACCCAAAGUCCAGCCCAGCACUCUGGUACUACCUCCUCAGUACGUGGAUGAUGUCAUCUCUCGGAUCGGCAGGAUGUUUCCUGAUAUGACCAUUGAGCUGUUCAGACCUAACGGGACGUCUGCAGUGCUACUGGUGACCCUGGGGAAGGUGUUAAAGGCGAUUGUUGUGAUGCGUUCGUUGUUCAUUGACAGAACUGUCGUUCGAGGAUUCAACGAGAAUGUUUACAACGAUGAUGGAAAGUUGGAUAUCUGGACCAAGUCACAGUACCAAGUGUUCCAGAAGGUAACGGACCACGCUACCACUGCCCUGCUGCACUACCAGCUCCCCCAGAUGCCUGACGUCGUGGUUCGGUCCUUCAUGACCUGGUUGCGGAGCUACAUUAAGCUCUUUCAGUCUUCCUGUCAGCGCUGUGGUCGUUUCCUGCAGGAUGGACUUCCUCCAACAUGGAGGGACUUUAGGACCCUGGAGGCGUUUCAUGACACCUGUCGCAUGUAAACACUUCCUGUUUCUCUGUCUCUGUAUAAAAUUUGAAUAAAGUUUUUCAUUGAUGUUUAUAAAGUUAA